AUGAAGCUCCCUGAAACUGUUGUUAUCGCAUUCCUUGCUGCUGGCGUUGCUUCGCGCAAUGUUAGUAUGUGUCGCACAACCGAUGUAGUUAUAGGUGUCAUAUGCCUGGAGCAUGAUGCUGAUUCUUCAUCCAACAGGCUGGCGAACCUUGACCCGGCUGGCGCAAAGGUUGACGCAAGAUGCCAGGAAGUCAGCUCCAUGGAGGCCAAGUGUGUGCGUGGAGGUGCACCCGGUUCUUUCGACCAGCCAACCAAGCCGAAACUAAACGACACACAAGGAAGGUUGGGGGUAACAUUUCGGGAACUCCGCAAGAGAUUUGUCCCAAUAAGCUUCGAUCCCUUCCUUCCAUACUGGAACCACAGCCUGGCGACCGAGCCUGCGACCUCCGUUGCCGGCGAUAUCCUGGGCACAGAUCUUCCUGGCUUGGCCUCUAUCAGCAUGACCACUUCUCGUCCCCUCCCAACGGAACCACCAGUGAAUAGCUCAUUCAUCGAGACAGCCACGACUCUCGACGGACCCGAAACUGUCACUGUCACCGUGGUGGUGCCCGAGGCCAGUGUCACUGCCUCCAGCGAUACUCCCGUCAAUACUGCCACUGCUGCUCCCACCCGCUCCUCCGAAAAGCCUAACGAUUCUGCUCGCAAUAUGGAGAUUAAAAAAUGGGUUCUGGCCAAGGUGGUCGCUGCCGCCGCUUUAUUUGCAGCUGCUUGA